AGGAGAGGUGUUUGCUGAAGACUAUUGCUUCGCAAAUGUCCGUAACAGCUUCAGCCAGGCGGUGAGAGAAGUGCUGGAAAAGGCCAGUGAAUGGACCUGUCGAAGCGACGCCAUGCACAACUACAGACGUCUGCGUCAACGCGACCUCAAGUUGGAAAAUCAGGCUGUUGGCAUCUUGGACGAUCAGGACUCGCACAAGAUCGUGAUGGACGUGUUUGACUUCAUGAAGGGCGACGUGACAGUGCAGUUGGUGAAGGGCAAGGAGCUGCUGGUGGAGGGUCAAGCAGAGAGGCAGGACGGAGGCAGAGUGUCCCGAGUGAGCUUCGUGCGUCGCUUCGCCUUGCCUGAGCUCGUCGAGCGAGACGCCAUCAGCUGCGUGUUGUCCUCGGACGGAAUCCUGACGAUCACCUGCAGGAAGAGAGCAAGCGGCUACAGCGCAAGGGGAUUUUGCAGCGAGAGGAAGCCCCACGUGGACACAGCUGGCGGGUGGGAGGACAAGGAUGCGAAGGACUCCCUCGCGGAUUGGGAAGGAGCCAGUUCUCGGGCCUUCAGCACCGGCUCUCGCUCCCGCUACCAUCGCUCUUAUGUGACGCAAUAUUAGAGUGAAAGUCUUAGAGUAUUUUUCUGAAAUCACAUUCCUUACUACAAGUACUUACAUAUGUUAUUUUGAAGAAAAAGUUUAUUUGUAUAUGCAAAUAAAACGUUACCUUAC